GUGACGCACUUCCGGCCAUGGAGCCUGAGCUCUGGUUUAGGGGUCCUUCGUGGAGCGUUUGCGCCAAGGCGCUGUGUGCCUGCCAGUUCGUCUGCAGAGCGGUCAGUAAGGCAGUGGGACUGGUGAUGUCAAAAUUUCUGUUCGGGUCCGAGUUCGUUGUCUUGCAAACUUGAAGAAUGAGUUCCCGGACAAAGACGGGCUCAGUGACCUUCGAAGACGUGGCUGUGUACUUCUCUGAGAACGAAUGGACUUGCCUGACCUGCCCUCAGAGGGCCCUGUACAGGGAUGUGAUGCUGGAGAAUUACGGGGCCGUGGCUUCCCUGGCAGCGUUUCUAUUUCCCAAACCGGCUCUGAUUUCCCGGCUGGAGCGAGGGGAAGCCCCCUGGUGCUCGGCCCCUCAGGGAGCUCUGGAUGGAGAGGGCUGGAAGGGCGUGUCCUCAGAGGGUGUGUUGAAGAGUGAUGAGAAAGAAGAUUUUAUUCUGAAGGAGGAAAUUUUUGAGGAGCCGCAGGACCACAUGGUACCAUCAAGAGGACCCCCGUGGUGUGGGUCCGGGAGAUUCUGGUUUGGAAAAACCCAUGAAGAGGAGAAAUGCAGGUUAGGAAGAUGGUGUGACUACCCCAAUGGGAGAAGUGUAGAGAACACUACAAAUGAUAUUAUGGAAGUGAUUGCCAAAGGUGAAAUGAUCUCAGUAGAAGAGAGUUCAGAAAAUACUGAUGUUAAUGCCCACCUGGCUAUACACCGGAAAAUUCUAAGUGAGCAGGUAUUCUGUGUCUGUGAAGAAUGUGGCAAGUGUUUUGAUCAAACUGAAGACUUGUAUCAGCAUCAGAGAAUUCAUGAUGGAGAGGUCUAUGAAUGUAAGGAAUGUGGGAAGACUUCCAGUUUUAGAUCACAUGGCAUUGCACAUCAGAUAAGUCAUACAGGUGUAAAACCCCAUGUAUGUCAAGAAUGUGCUAAAACCUUCAUUUGGAAGUCAAAACUGAUUCGGCAUCAGUUAAUACACACAGGAGAGAAACCCUUUGAAUGUAAGGAAUGUGGGAAGGGUUUUAAUCAGAAUGCAAACCUUCUACAGCAUCGGCAAAUCCACACCAGGGAGAAACCAUAUACAUGUAAGGAGUGUGGGAAAAGCUUUAUUCGGAACCCAGCCCUUCUUCAACAUCAGCGAAUCCACACUGGGGAGAAGCCUUAUGAAUGUAAGGACUGUGGGAAAGGCUUCACGUGGAACUCAGAUCGUGUUCAGCACCAGAAGAUCCACACUGGAGAGAAGCCUCAUGAAUGUACUGACUGUGGGAAAAGCUUCAUUUGCAAGGGAAACCUUAUCCGACAUCAGAGAAUCCAUACUGGGGAAAGACCCUAUAAAUGUAAUGACUGUGGGAAGGCCUUCAGUCAGAAAUGUGUUUUGAUUAAGCACCAGAGGUGCCAUGCUAGAGAAAAAACCUAUACCUGUCAGAUCUCCCACCUUCUGGAACAUUAGAGAAUACAUAGUGGUGAUACUUGUUUAUGAUAUUCAUGAUACAGGAACCCCAGAGACAAAAUGAGAUGACCAUCCACAUUUGCUACGGCUCUAAUCUGUUUCUCCUCCUGAACAGAUACCCUGUACUCUAGCAAGAUUGGUCCCCCAUGUUCAUAUUAGGCAACAUUUAGUUGAGCACUUACUCUGUGCGAACCACCAUACAUACAUCCUCUAAUUUUUCUCAAUCUGAUUAAGGUAGAUAUUCAUCCCCAUUUUAUAAGUGAGAAAUCUGAGGUUGAAAGGUUAUAAAACUCAUUUAAGGUUGCUUAGCCUGUGAGGGCAGGAAGAGAGCAGUCAAGAAAACGAGAGAAAUGAAGCUGUAUCACUAAUGACAGUAUUAAAAUUGCAUUAUUUUAUGUUAAGGACAGUGAUUUUUUCCCCCCCUGAAACUACAUUGUUCUAAAAUGAAUAUUACUUGUGCAAACCA